AUGUGGAAUCAGGCUCUAAGCAUUGUCGUGGGGGGCAUCUUGUGCGGCAGUCUUUUAGCCUUCGACUUCCUUCUGGGCAAUGGCUUCAUGGACCUGCUGCACGCGAUGUUUUGUAAAUGUUUCUGUUUUGUGAAGAAAACUAUAAAAGACACGCUUAAGUCUUCGGAGGAGGUGGAAACACACAAUUUUAGUGCCGCCAUGUUGAUUGUGGAAAUUAUAGCUAUGAUUUGUACCAUGAUGUUGCUGAACAGAUACAAGAAAUACGGCAUUGAACCAUCAAUCAAAGGCACUGAAGAGUCCAAUGUGUCUGCGGCGACGAAAAAACGUAGAUUGGCGAGUCGGUCGAUUGAGUACGGCCUUCGAGAGAUAAAGAACCCACAACUGAUAAAGCCUCUAAACCUGGAGGUGCCUGUAAUGCAAAUGGCUAUAAUAGACACCAUCGGAACUACCCGCAGUCAGCCUGAGAGGGGAGAUGCAGGCGACAUUUACAACAUCACUGACUCUGCUAUUCUAUCCGUCACCUCUUUGCUGGAUUCGGAUUUCAAGUUGCAAGAAUCAUUGUGUGAAGAUAAUAUGGUUAUGGGAGACGGUAACGUAGUUCAAUUUAACAACAACAGAUACCUCUUGGGAGUCAUCGAGGAAGAAUAGUACCUAACCGUAUUUUGUGCAAUUAAGGUAAGUAGUUAACUAAAAGAUAACUGAUCAAGUGUUUAGUGAACGUUCUUGUGAAAAUUUAAAUG